AUGAUAGCCUCAUUAAGUUUAGUCGUAUUAAACUUGGCUAUUCCUAUUCUAAUGAUAUUUAGUUCAUUUCGUAAUGUUGUAAAUUUUUAUUUAUCAAGUACGGCAUUAUCAAGUUCAUUAAUUAAUGGUUUAUAUUUAUUUUAUCUUAUUCAAACAUUUCGUUCAAAAGUUAUAUCAGAAAUCAAUUGUCGAGCAAUAUAUUAUCUACAAUCAUCAUGUAUUGUUAUACUCGCUUAUACAAUAGUUGCAAUUCAUGCAAAUUUUAUUUUAUUUUUAUUUCCAUCGUCAUCAUCAUCAUCAUCCGAUGUAAAUCAUACAAAUCGUACAUGUUUAAAAUCAUGUGGUAUUUGUUUACGAAGAUUUUUUCGUCGAUUUAGUUUUUGUGCUGUUCUAUGUGUAUGGUCAUUUUCAUUUACAGCUACAAUACCAUUACUUUAUUCAAUUGAUUCAAAUGAAAAAUUACCUAAACCUGUUUAUUGUCCUGGUACAACACAAAUAAGUUAUCUUGAAGAAUUAUUUAAUCGUAAUCGUUUUAUACAAACAAUUUUAUUUAAUUUAAUACCAUUAAUAAUGAAUUUAUUUUUAUCAUUAAUUGCUUUAUUAAAAUUAUUAUAUGAUUGUCUUAUUUAUUUAUAUUUACGUUUAAAAAUGUCAAAAUGUUUCUCAUGUCUAAAAAAAUCUUCUUGUUGUCAAAAGAAACCACAACAACAACAACAACAACACACUACAUCUAAUUCAACGCCAUUGUUAUCAUCAAUUGAUGUUAUGGAUAAUAAUAAUAUACAAUAUGAUAUUAAUUUAAUACAAAUUAUAGAAACAACAACAUCAAAUAAUGAAAUAAUUCUAUCAUCAUCAAAUGUAACAAUACAAUCUUGUGGAUAUUGGUCAUCAAAAUCAUUUCUUCGAUUUUUACUUGUAUUAUCAUCAUGUUUACUAGCAUGUAUUUAUCCAAUUGUUAUGCGUUUUUAUCUUAUCUAUUUUUCUGUUCUUGUUCCAUUGAUAUUUGCUGUAUUGAAUUAUUCUUUGGAACAAUUAACAUCAACACAACAAAAAACAAUUAUGGAAAAUCAUGCUACAAAUUUAACAAUACCACCAGGAAUAUCUUCUACUGAUACACAAAUAUCCGUAAAUAUGAAUAUUAGUGAAACAUUACAAACAAAAACAUUUAAAAAACAUGAAAUAGAUAAUUGUUCAAAUGAACAAUUUGAAUUACAACCACCAUUAAUAGCAAAUCUAUUAAAUGAACGAGAUGAAUCAUUUGUUACAUUAACAAAUUCAUCAACAACAUUGUCUACUGAUCAUCGAUCAAUAAUUGGAGACAAACAAAAAUAUUUUUCCAAUCGUUUAUAUGAAAAUACUCAAAAUAUGUUUCUAAAAGAAAAUAAUUAA